AUGUCUUCGCAGAAGGACUCGGCCGGAAACACGCCUCUAGCUAUGGUUCGCAAGGAGGAACACGACAGCAUCGACGAUGGCAGUGUCGUUGUCAGAAUCUCGAAGUAUGCGGAGUGGCAGAUUACCAACAAACUAGUCACCAACGACAAAGCUUGCGACAAGGAUAUCAAUGUCGCAACAAAGCAGGACCAGUCAAAGAAGUCAUGCCCCUUCCUCGAGAAGGCGCCACCAGAGGUGCUCCUCAAGAUCUACGACGGUAUCUUCGAGGAUAUCAAGAUCGAUGCAGACAGCGGCAGUCUCGAUGUUGCCGUUACUCGUCCAGCCAUACUCGAGGUCCACAAGCUCAUCCGCCGCGAAGCUAUGGGCCCAUACCUCAAUGGCAUCUUUAGCGCCAUGCUCGAUACCCGCAAGGAGUACGUAGCACUCAAACAUCACUCGAAGAAGGCCACAGAAGCUACGCGCGGUGUUCGAGACUCCCAACUCCACGGUCAGCUGAUGCUCAUCGCCAUGCCACUCGUCGUCAGAGCAGGUAGCCAGAUGGUAUGCAUCGGGCAGUACGCCAACUGGCUCAAGGCCAAGGUCACCAGCCUUGACUCCGCACACCUCGUCUCUGAGCCUCAUGAGAAAGUACAGGCCGCGUUCAAGAGAAUCGCAGAGGACGCGCGUAGUCCUUUCGGUCCUGCUCCACAGGUCGAGUUGAUGGAGCUGCUGUUACAGCUGGAGAAGCAGCAGCGCCAACGUUCUGCUGGUUAG